UCCCUCUGACCGGGCGGCUUUUUGGAUAUACUGGGUAGUGGUGGUAGCGGCGGCGGGGGUAGAGGAAAACUUACAUGUAGAUUAGAUAGAAGUUAACACACAGACAGACACCUAUCAUUCGCGACAAUCUUGAUAAAUGUAUCUAAGUCCGGCAAUUUGCACUAAAACCUAUAGAAAGCUGGGUUUCUUUCUUUAGUCUCCACUCGCCCUGUCUAAAUAUGGAUUCAAGAUAUAUUAUGGAAAAGUCGUCGGUCGGAACAAGGGUCGGUGGUUCGGAUUUCAACUACCGGGCAGGACUCUCUGUGCUCCGCAACAUACGAGUCCCUCCGGUUGAGAAAAACAGUCCCAUGCCGGCGUACACAAACGGGCCCGUCCUCUACAAAUUUGUAAUGGACGGCGGCUCGGCAGCGGAGGUCAAAAGCGAGGGAAUCUCUUCUAAUGCGAGCGGACUUUCUCCAGGUGGACGAAUAUUGCACGAAGUGGAAAAAACUGACAUGGGGGACCAAAGAGACACUGGUUCUACUGGGAUUCUGAAGAGGGCCAGUCCUACUCACUGCCCAGGCACAAACGGGCAGCUGCCAGGUGGCUGCACUUACUCGGACAUCAGGAACCCUGGGAUACAGGCAGAGCUGGCCAACAACUUCAGGGCAACACAGGGGCGGAGCGUAUCGCUGACAGAGAGACAACCACUCUCCUCCAACCACAUCCCCGUGCCCAGAAACAGGAAGCCCUCAGGUCAUGCUGAUAAGGAGGUGAUGGCUGCCACCGUCCUAACCUCACUGUCCACAUCCCCUUUGGUGCUCAACCCUUCUUCUGCACCCACAGUUCCAGAGCCAGCCAGCAGGGCCUGGAAGGAGAUGCUGUCAGCCAGCUACAGCAGUUCAACUAGUGGCAACUGGAGCUGGGAUGCCAGCGACCAGUCAGUGCCCUCCACGCCGUCCCCACCUCUUUCCAACGAUGCCAACAAGAACUUCCUUCUUUCGUCCCAGUGUGAUGAUGUCAGUGAGGAUGUGACAGAGAGCACGCAUUUCAUGUUUGAGGACCCCAUACCUCGGAAGCGAAAGAACUCCAUGAAGGUGAUGUUCAAGUGCUUGUGGAAGAACUGUGAAAAGGUCCUCAGCACUUCCUCAGGGAUCCAGCGACACGUCCGCACUGUCCACCUGGGGCGAAACAGCGACUCAGACUACAGUGAUGGAGAGGAGGACUUCUAUUACUCAGAGAUCGAGGUCAACAUGGACAGCCUGACAGAGGGCUUGUCCAGCCUCACACCCACCUCCCCCACCACGUGUGGUCCUCCGCCCGUCUUCCCUCCACCGCUCACCGAUCUCCCUCACUCAGAACACAUCAACAUGAACGGCUCACAGAGCCACGCCCCAUCACUGCUCAGCCAGUCAGCUCCCUCCACGCUCUGCCACAUCCGCACUGACCACGCCUACCAGGGUCCUGUGACUCAUGUGCGGACAGUCAGUAUCGGUGAGAAGAGACAGCCGGCACCUGUCACACACACCACUGUCAACAAGAACCAUGCGGUAACAACACAGGCUCCUAAAGCGGCACCAGGAACCAGGAAACCCCGUGGGGAGGCAAAGAAGUGCCGAAAGGUGUACGGCAUGGAGAAGAGAGACAUGUGGUGCACAGCCUGUCGCUGGAAAAAAGCCUGUCAGAGAUUCACCGACUAAUCCAGUCCCUUUCCAGCGACCUUAAGAUGAGCUUUUCCUCACCGGGAGCAACAGCCAGGUGGACUCUUCCACCCAGGAAACCAAGGAGAGUUUUCAUCGUAAUGGAGCUCUCACUGCUGCUUCCUACAACCCAGUGAGGGGGGUUUUUGCCUUCUCUAUUUUCCUUUUUCAAACACAAAGAGAAAAUAAAACCGGUUGGUAAAAAAAAAAAAAAAAAAAAAAAAACACAAAAAGAAAAUCAGCAAGAAAAAGGAACUUUUGUGCAGGUUUGGAGACUUUUUCUAAGACUGGAACAACUAAAGAAUUUGGAUACUGAUUAUUUUGUUCUUCACUUGCCAUUUUUCACAGCCUCAACUCGAGGCUUUGUUUAAAGAAAGACUACAGAUAAGCUUUUGGUAUACUCUCUUCAUUAUAGGAUCAUCGUGUAAUCUGCUGUUUAUUGGCUGGAUCAUGACUCUUUUUGGAAGUUCAAGGGUUAACACCAGAUUUGCUUGGUAAGACCUCUGUAGCAUAUCCGUUUUUAAUUGUCACUGUUUAAGGGACUUGAAACCUCCCGUCCUUAAGGUUCAGAGCCUGUUCACUUACAACCAACAGUAUAAGAAUCCUACAGUUAGCAUCACUUUGUUCUGCAGCCUUCCUGGAUAUGGACAGUAUGUCUGAGGACAUACUGCACUGUGUCUUCUACCUGUUCAUGAAGCCAACUCACCACAGCCAGUUACUCUUCAAGUAUAUUGCAAAGAUGCACAAAACGUGGUACAAAAAGUUUCCCCAAAUAUACGCGACAUAUAUCUCUCCCUCUCUUCUUCUCUAUACUUGUACCCUAAAGAUAUGCACCUUGAAGAGAACCGUUCCUUUAGAGAAUCACUGUAACCACAGCGUAUGUCAGAGAGAGUGGAUCUGUAAUUCUUAUAUAGACUUUAUUUCAGCAGCUACAUGCUGAGGCAACUAGCAGUUGCACUGUGCAAUCAGCAGAACUACAGCAUUUGAUUUUGUAUUUCUUGCUUUGUGGUUGUCAUUGUAUUAAGGUGAGUCCAGGCUCCGUUUUUCUCUUUGACAGCUGAUGUGCUUCAAGAGAUUGUUUACCACGAUGACUGAUACAGCCCUUUGAAACCUGAACUCACACUCUGAUUUAUGUCAUUGGCAUUUUGAAGCUAAUUAACGGAGAUUUUAACCCAACAAACAUUACCUGAUUAUAAUUCAGGCAUUUCAAAAUGGAGAGGUUACACAAUCUUUAGUCUUAAAAAAACAAACAAAUCACAAACCAGCAUGAGCACAGAUAAUGAUAGAGACCAGAUCUGACUUGACAGAAGACUCGUCUUUUAUGAAGGAUUCAACAUUGAUCAUGAAAAUAGAGAGAAAAAAAGUGAAUCCACUCGUGUCGUGCGAACGUGCAUGAACAAAAGUUUAAAAAUAUUCAACCAAAGUGGAGUUUAGAUUUUGUAAAGACCUGUUAUACCAAAUGACAGGCCUGCUUUACGAAGCUUUACAUGAAACAUAGGUGGUCCAUUUUUAGAGAGUUAGAAACUGUACUUUUAGAAACAUACCUUUCAUCCCUUGGCAUAAAGAAAAUAGCCCUCCUUUAAAUUUUAAAGUCCAUUUGGUCCCUUAGUUUGAAUUUCUUCUCAAGAUAUGACGAGAAAAGAAAAACAAGCAUACACAGAGAUAACCUCACAAACAUUAAAGAAAAAGUUUAAAAAAAAUUAUAUAUAUACAGUAUUGACCAGUCUUAAAUCUUGAACCUGCAGGGUGAAGUUUUAAUAAUAUACAUUCACAUAUGGGACAUAAUGACAUGGAGGGACAACUUAUUAUUGAGUCCUUCAUGGUGAAGUAGAAAUAGAAAACUAGAAAUCAAAACUACAAAUAGCCUCAAAAAGAGACAUUUAUUAGGUUAAUUUCCUGCAUUCAGUGAACCCAGAAGAGUUGAACUUCUCUUGCUCUUAGUUCACUCUGUUAAUGUUUAGAUCCAAAUUACUUUCACUUAGAGAAUACAGAUUUUUUUCUACACGAUGACCUGCUUCACAUUAACUAUAGACAAGUCCAUUUAUUGAUAUGUUGCCCAAAGUCACAAAUUCCCCCCCCCCCCCCCCAAAGGUUUUCACAGUCUGUAUCACAGCAUGUGAAGCCUUCUAUCCUAAGAUCCUUGAUUUGGAUCAUAGAAAAUCCAAACAUAUAAGAAAAAAAAAAAGACGGGUAUUUUAUUCUGUUCUCAGAGGUGAGGCAUGAAAGUAGAUGUACAUUUUUUUUUUUUACAAGUUUCAUCCUGUGCGUUUCUUUUUUUUUUUCAGCUCUUUCAUGUAAGUUUUGCUGUUUGUCCUCUGCUCUCUGAAGUUCUCCUGACACUGACCUGAACUUAACCGCCAUACACACACACACACUAACACUCAGACACACACAGUGCCUUUCCUCUCCUACAUAAGCAGGCUGUGAAGCAUUUGAGCAGACUCCUUGAAUGACGUACAGUGCGCCUUCAGACCUCUGUCGCCAUAGAAACACCUGUGCUGUCCUCAGUCGCCACAGGGUCACUUAUGCUGUCUGCUGGCGGCUGAUAGGCGCCCAGUUAUCACUUCUCCAUGAAGGUGGGGAACACACUCUUUUAGUGUUAAUUGGUGGCUUCAAGUUAAUGGAUGAAAAAUGUUAAGCACACAUGUUAGCUGUUAUGUGGUGAGGGGUUGUCACUCAGAUCUUGUUAAAAAAGAUUGAUCCUGCCUGUAAAUCGUUUUAUUCCAGAUAAGCUAGGUCUCUCGGCGGGCCGCUUCCGGUCAGAAACUUCACAAAGUGCCAAUGAAAAGAACAUAAAAAGGAAAAGUCGUACUGACCUGAUGAAAUUGCACUACGAUGCACUGCACAAAGAUGUUUUUUUUUUAUACGUGGAUGUUUUAUAUACACACACUUUUAGAGAGAGAGGGUUUCCUGUUCUUUCCCAGGGUGUCGUCACUGCCUGAUUGGAAUCAAGGGGGUGUCAGGGAUGGAGGUUCUGUACCUUUGGGGUCCCCCCCCCCCCCCCCCCCCAUUGUUAGCAAGUGAUCUUGACAGAUAAUGACUCGCUCUCGGUCAGAUUGAUUUUUACUAUAAACAUUGUGGUGCUGGCUGUUUCAGAGGUGUGGUACUGAGAAGUACAGUGUGGUACUUAAGUAGUCAGUCACUUUGCCUUUCCUUGGAGGAACCUGCCUCGUGUCAGUGAUGGAAAAACACCAGUCUCAGCUAGUGGCCAUGCGUUUCACAUGCUUUUACACCGAUUAUUAUCUGGACACACACGUUUUUUUACUCAUAAAUCUCAUCUUUGCGCUUCUUUUUCUUACACAAAAACAGGUUCCUGCUUUUUUUACAUUUGACUGAGCUGAGGUAGUAACUGUAUUAGUGCUGGAUACCACUUUUCAUUCUGCUUUUGGUCAUUGAUUGAGUGUCACUUGCAGCCCAUCAGGUCUCUCCAUCCUCACUUUAAGCACUUAGAUUUUUACCUGCAGGCUCAGAGGACAAUGCUAUAUGAUGGUAACACAUUCUGCUUACAGGUUCCUGUGUUUUCCACCCUUUUUUUAAUGUUGCACUAAAACUGGCCUGUCACUAUCAAGGCUCAAGUCGUAUCACCAAAAGCUUGACUAAGUGAGUGCAGCUGGUAUGUUGGUCGUCAUGGCCAGAAGGAACUGUGGGUACAGAGGAAGUCUUGCGCACAGAUCUCAGCUAAGAGACCUUAAUAGGGGAAUUUCUGAAAGUGAACAACUUUCACCUAGACAAAUUACAGAUGGAAAAUGAAGCUGAGUUUGAACGGCUGUUUGGGGAAAUCUGUGGAUAUUUACAGCAGAGACGAGACACGCAGAGACGAGACACGCAGAGACGAGACACGCAGUGACGAUGGAUUUGAGGAUUCAGGGCUUUCUUGUACAUAUGCAACAUAAAGAAAACCGUGCGGCUUUUUUUUUUCAUAUAUUGUUUUACUUUGUUGUUGUUCUCUUGUUAUAUGAAAAGUUUUUUUUUACAGUAUAGUUGCUCAGAAUAUUUCUUUCUUUAAAAACAAGUCAAUUGAGAAGCUAUAGUGAACAUAACAUGUAAAGAUUCAUUGUAUAUUGUAGCUUUGAGGCAAAGGGGAGAAAAACAAAACCUGUUGAAUGUAAAAGAAACAAUUUUUUAUAGUUUUUUGUUGUUGUUUUGGUUUCUGGCUUGUUUGUAGUGAACCUGUAGCGCGUAAUGAUUUCGGUAUCCAACCCACAGACAUCUGUCGCCACACUGCUAAGUCAUAUCAAAUAACACAACCAUGCAGUAUUGCUUUACUUUGACUUUGUGCAAUGAGAUGCUCUAUAGUGGAACAAGAACUAACAUGAGCUUUCGGUUACAUCCGGGCUUCUUGCUCACACUCUCGAUGUUUGUCUUUCUCUCUGCCAAAUAGUCUGUUGUUGUUUUUUCUGAAUAUGUGUGGUUGUCGUUUGUGGUUGUGAUGUUUAGUUCUUAUUUGGCAGGAUAACCAUGAUGAAAUAUUCACUUUGUGGGGAAUUCUUUAUCCUGCCCUGCACAUUCCAACAGACAGCACACUUUCUAGUGGCUUCCGCUUGUUUCCUAAUAGACCUGUCCUUCCUGUUUCCCUUUCUCAUUACAGGGAUUCUUCUCUGAUCACUUUGUCCUUUCCCGUUUCCUCUUCUUGUGCUCUCCAGCUUUACCGUUGUCCCACCUAAGCCUUUACUCAGUAUAUUAAGCUAAACUUAACCCUUGAAAUGUGCAUAAAAAAAAAGCCUUCAUAUAUAUUUUUUUUCUCCACAUGUCAAAAUGUUCGUAUUGCUUUCUUGAAUGUCAGUUUUCUUUAGUGUGUAAACCAGCCGCAGCAAAGCCAAUAGAUCUCCUUCCAAAUCAAAUGUAAUGUAAUGCAUUGCAAUGGCAGCUCCACUCAAUCCUCCGCUUCUUCUUCUGUGCUUUAUGUUAGCCCAGGCUGUCAUAUCUCCUAUUUGAUGACCAUUUUUCCUCCGUGUUGUGAUUUUACUGAGCCUUACACUGGCUGGUGUGAAAACUGACUUUUGCUUGUUUUUCUUCUUGUUUUCUCAUUGGUUGAUUGAUUGAUUGAUUGAUUGAUUGAAUUUGAGGUUGUUUUGCGUGUCUAUCAUCGCUCAUUUUUCCCCCUGUUCUUUUUUUUUUUUGUAAUAGGAGAUAAACACUGAAGGGUUUUGUGUAUUAGAUUUCCCUCUUCAGUAUCUGAUAACUCAAGGCUGAUGUUUGUAGUCCUCUUUAAUUGUUAAAGAAAAUGCUCAUCGCAGCCUUAAAAAAAACACACAGAGCGAAAGGCGUGUUGGAAGGUAACGUGACGUCAGCCUUGGGUCUUCACUGGAGGGCAAGAUUUUCUCCCGUGUGUGGGCUCUGCCUCCGCUCUUCAUCUGCAGUCCCACACACACGGAGAAAGCACUUUGUGAGGAGUGGUGCACUCAAGGAGUAUUUGUGUGAAUGUCAAGCCUAUAGCUAGUGCACGAAAAGGAUGACCAUGUUUGAUGCUGACAAUGUGAUCUAUGUGAUGUAAUGUGAUGGAAAGAAAAUAAACCUGAAUGGAAGAAGAA